AAUCCUACACCGACUGUCUAGCUUCAUAAACUUGUGAUAGAUUCAAAAAGCCUAUUAACCAGCCUGAGCUGGACGAGUAAAAAUGACCUCGACCAACGACGACCACCGCCACCGCCAAUUCUCCGACUCCGAUUCCGACUCAGACCACGGCCACACCGGAUCCUCCUCCCUCCUCCACGCCGACCUCUCCAACUCCAUUUUCAAAUCCUACCUCGAAUUCACCAACCAAUCAUCUCCCUCCGCGUCGGACCUCUCCAAAAUCCAAUCCUUCCUCACCACCUCCUCCUCCGGCGCUCUCUCCUGCCUCAUAUGCCUCGAGCGCAUCAAACCUUCUCACCCGACGUGGUCCUGCUCCUCCCUCUGCUUCGCCGUCUUCCACCUCGCCUGCAUCCAGAGCUGGUCCCGCCAGUCCUCCGAUCUCUCCGCCGCGCGCGCCACCACGCGCCUCCCCAUCUCCUCCCAGCACGCCUCCGAAAUCUCCACCUGGAACUGCCCCAAGUGCCGCGUCCAAUACUCCAGAUCCCAAAUCCCUAAACACUACCACUGCUUUUGCGGAAAAUUACAAGACCCGCCCUCCGACGACCCGUGGAUCCUACCGCACUCUUGCGGCGAGGUCUGUAACCGUCCUUUAAAACACAACUGCGGCCAUAACUGCUUCCUGCUGUGCCACCCUGGCCCCUGCCCUUCCUGCCCGAAACUCAUCAAAUCCAAAUGCUAUUGCGGCGCCGUUUCCGAAGUCCGCCGCUGCGGCUUCAAAAACUUCUCCUGCAACAACCUCUGCUCGAAACGGUUACAAUGCGGGGUCCACAAAUGCGCCCAGCCCUGCCACGACGGGCCCUGCCCUCCCUGCGCGGCGCGUGCGUUCUACGCGUGCCGGUGCGGGAAGGAAAAGCAAGAAAGGGAGUGUCACGAUCGCGAGUUUCGGUGCGAGGGCGCGUGCAACAGGGCGUUGAAAUGCGGGAAGCAUCGAUGCGAGAAAGGGUGCCAUGAGAUUGGCGGGUGCGGGGAGUGUCCGCUACAAGGGAAACGGGCGUGUCCGUGCGGGAAGAGAGUGUAUGAAGGGAUGCCCUGCGAUGUUACGACGCCGUUGUGCGGUGCGACUUGCGAUAAGACUUUGAGCUGUGGUCUGCAUAGGUGUCACGAGCGGUGCCACCGUGGGACGUGUAUGGAGACUUGUAGAAUCGUCGUGAUCAAGUCGUGCCGGUGUGGGAGCCUCAGGAAAGAGGUUCCUUGUUAUCAAGAUUUGGCAUGUGAAAGGAAGUGCCAGAUAAUGCGGGACUGUGGGCGUCAUGCUUGUAAGCGUCGUUGCUGUGACGGGGAUUGCCCUCCAUGCUCAGAGGUUUGUGGCAGGAAGCUAAGAUGUAAGAACCAUAAAUGCCCUGCCCCGUGCCAUAGAGGUGCCUGUGCUCCUUGCCCAGUGAUGGUGACAAUUUCAUGUGCUUGUGGUGAGACACACUUUGAGGUUCCUUGUGGUACUGAGAUGGAUCAAAAGCCUCCUAGAUGUCCCAAGCAAUGCCAUAUUGCUCGUUUAUGCAGGCAUGGAUCAAAUAGCAAGCCACACAAAUGCCAUUAUGGUGGUUGCCCCCCAUGUCGGUUAAUUUGCGAUGAAGAAUAUCCAUGUGGCCAUAAGUGCAAUCUAAGGUGUCAUGGCCCUAUAUCUCCUCCUAAUCCUGAAUUUACAUUGAAACCAAAGAAAAAGAAGUCAAUACAUCAGACUGAAUAUACGCCUGGUUCUCCAUGCCCUCCUUGCCCAGAACUGGUUUGGAGAUCAUGUGUUGGCCAACAUGUUGGGGCAGAUAGAAUGAUGGUGUGCUCAGAUAAAACACAAUUUUCCUGUGAUAAUUUAUGCGGAAAUCCUUUAUCUUGCGGCAAUCAUUAUUGCACUAAAACUUGCCAUGCCUUGAAGAACCUUUCUGCAACAACCUUCAAGAAAGAAAGAAGCAAUUCUUGUGAAGAGUGUCAUCUUCCUUGCCAAAAGGAGAGAAGACCCACAUGUUCUCAUCCUUGCCCCUUGCCAUGUCAUCCUGGAGAAUGUCCUCCUUGCAAAGUACUUGUAAAACGAUCAUGUCAUUGUGGUUCAAUGGUCCAUGUCUUUGAGUGUUUAUACUACAACAGCCUGUCUGAAAAGGAGCAGAUGGCUGUUCGCUCAUGUGGUGGACCUUGUCAUAGGAAGUUGCCCAAUUGUACACAUCUAUGCCCAGAGACGUGUCAUCCUGGUGCAUGCCCAUCUCCUGACAAGUGCCGCAAGAAGGUUUUUGUUCGUUGUAAAUGCCAAACCUUGAAAAAAGAAUGGUUUUGUCAAGAUGUGCAAGCAGCCCAUCGGAAUGCUGGUUCAGAUCCCAGAGAUAUACCAAAAAAUCAGUACGGAAUUGGACUUCUUCCUUGCAAUUCUGCUUGCAAGAGUAAAGUACAAGUUGUUGAUUCAGAGUUACACUCACGUAAAUCUAAAGUCAUGGAGGAAAAGGAGCCAGAAACUGAAAAGAAUGUACCAAAGCGUAAAAGGAGACGACAACAGGUACAAGAAGGCAAGCAAAUAUCAAGACUGCAGAAAAUUGUUGCGGCUAUGAAGUGGCUACUUCUUAUUGUCACCCUUGUGGUGGUCCUAAUUGCUAUAGCAAAUUAUGGUUACAAGGGUCUCAUGUGGCUCUCUGAUUGGAUGAACGAAGUUGAAGAGCAAAGACAAAGAAGAACAUACCGUCGGGUCUAAACAUUCUUGAGGCUUUUUUUUCUUUGAUACUUGAAAUGUGAAUAGAUCUACAGAAGGUUAGUACAUUAAAUCCUAUAGGCGUUGAUUACUCACCAUGCAUUCCUUUCCUUAUCGGCGAGAAGAUGAUCAUUCACCAUUUUUCAGAAGAAAGUUUGGAAGUGGUCGAAAUUUUGGAAUUUUGUCCCUCACUAAAUUAGUAGUGUGAACCAUAGAAUUGAUAUUAUGUAUUCCCAAAUCAUGAAUAUAAUUCUUGAACGCUGAUACCUUAAUUGGUGAUAAAUUAUGACAUGAAAAUAAUGGAGCCAUUUGUGAUUACUGCAGAACUUUUCAAGAA